GUGUCCGAGCUGCGGCACACCGAGGCCAGCGUGGGCCUGAGGCGCGUGUCCUUGGGCGCCUGGCCCCCUCCGCGCUGUGCCGAGCUCGCACUGCCACCGUCCUCUUUGCCAAGCCCUCCACCAAGGUUCUUCUGGGCCCCUACUGAAUUUCUAUUCUGAAAAUUGUGCUUGUGGGAUUUUUUUGUUAGAAGAACUUUGUGGCUGCUGUUUUAUCAAGAUGAUUGCAACACCAGUGAAACAUCCAGGAAUUCACUUGUCUUCAGAGGCAUCUCAAAGGAGAAAUAUGUCUAUGCAUGCAAUCUUUUUUGACAGCAUUCCUUCAGGCACACUUACUCCUAUAAAAGAUUUGGUGAGAUAUCAGAAAUCUUCUUUAAAAUUAAAUGACCGUAAAAAGAAUCAGUUCCUAGAAAUGGCAACUUUUAAUAAUAAAGAAAUAUUUCAGUCUACUGUGCUAGCAGAGGCUACCGUCUCUAACAGUUCUCUUGAUAUCAGUGUUAUAAAGCCCAACAAGGAUAGAUUAAAAAAUAGAGAAAAUUAUGAAUCACCAGGAAAAAUAUUUCAAAGAAUGAAAGAAAAAGUACUGCGUGAUAAGCAAGAACAAGCAUCAAGAAACAAUUGUUUGUUGGAACCACUGAAAAGUGAAAGUAAUAAAAUCUUGACUCCUAAUAGAGCUGAGAAAAGACUACUGAAGCAUACCUACGUCUGUGAAGAAAAGGAAAACAACCAACCAUCACAAUCAGUUAACAGUUCACUAAAAGUCAAACAGAAGAUUCAACAUCAGCAAGAAAAGAAGGGACCCCUGCACAAUUUAACUUACGAACUUCUAAUUCUGAAGCAAGAACAUGAAAAUAUUUCAGCUGCAGGAGUCUCAUUAGGUAGAGCUCAGUCAGCUAAACAAAAUUUUCACUCAAAAGAGAAUACAGUUGCAACCACUAAGUCCAUAAAGGGAACAUUUGUUUUAGAAAGUAUUGAUUCUGCCUAUGAAAAAUCCCAAAAUAGUACUGUUGAGACUCUCAGUACUAAUUGUAUUCCUACUAGUAAUGGCAGUCAGUUAAUGGUUUCUGAGAGUAAGGUGACAACAGAAGGGACUUCACAACAAGAAACUAAGGAAGGAAAUGAAAAACCAAUAUCCAGAGAGACAGAUCUUCUGUGUUCCAUGAACAGUACAUGUAAAAUUGUACUUGCAACUCCAAGACUUAAUAUAACAAUACCUCGAAGAUCAGAAAGAAAGAAAAAGCUUUCUCCACCAAAUAUAUUUCAAACUAUUACAAAUGGAGCAAAAAAAAAUAAGGUAGUCCAACUACAGGAAUGGAUGAUUAAAAUCAUCAAUGAUAACACUGCUAUAUGUGUAGAAGGAAAAUUAAUAGAUGUCAGUGAUAUAUAUUGGCACAGUAAUAUAAUUAUAGAACGUAUUGAGUACAACAAACUUAGGACUUUAUCAGGCAACAUUUAUGUAUUAAAAGGAAUGAUAGACCGGAUUUCCAUGAAAGAAGCAGGAUAUCCAAACUAUAUCAUAAGAAAGUUUAUGUAUGGAUUUCCAAAAAAUUGGAAAGAACAUAUUGAAAAUUUUCUAGAACAAUUAAGGACUUGUGAAAAGAAAGGAAAAAAGACCAGAAAAAAACAGAAAACUGGAAGAUCUGUCCCUAACAUACCCAAAUCGUUGAAAAAUAAUGCAGGAGAAAACCAAACAGAUGUCCUCCAAAGAGGCAGCAUCACUUAUGACCUUGAUUGUGAUAACUUGGAAUUGAAGAAUAAUAAGUGCAGUAUGUUGCUAGGAGCUACAGAAUUAAACGUUUGCCAUAGUAAUCGCGAAAAUAAACUACCAUUAAAGCUCCCAGAUGACCAAAUAAAUAAUACUAUUCAAAAUGGAGGGAAAUAUGACUUAUCUAACCAGGAAUUAAUUGAAAAAAAAGAAUAUAAAAAGCUGUCUUCAAAGAAACUUGAAAAUUGUGAAAGAACAAAUGAAAGGAUAAUUAAAAGUCAGAAGCAAGAAAGAUAUGAAAAAUCAAAUAUACCCACUGAUAUUCUAACCUCAAGAGAACAGUUUUUCUCAGAGGAAGAAAGAAAAUGCAUGGCUAUCAAUCAGAAGAAAGCUUAUAUUUUAGUAACACCACUUAAAUCUAAAAAAGUGAUAGAGCAAAAAUGCAUGAAGUAUAAUCUGUCCUCUACUACCAUUAAAGAAAUAACAGAUUCUGCAAUGUCAAACCACCAAAAAGAAAGUGAAUCAGACUUAAAUAAAACCGCAAAUCCCAUCAGGAAGCCCACAAGGACUUUAGAAAAUACAUUUGCGUAUAGUGUGGAUCAUAAAAGUAAAAACCAGGAAGACUGCAGUGAAUGUGAUUUACUCACUGUCAACCAGAAAAUAAAAAUACCUACCCCUAAAAAGGAACAAAUGGCCACCUGUAACUUAAAGAAAAAUAAAAGAUCACCAGCAUUGAAGGAAGUUGAAAAUCAAGUAGCUACGUCAUUUCACAAGCAUCAGUCCUCAUCAGAUUUAUCUUGUGAAGACAGCGAAACAGCAAAGCAAGUUGAAAGGAAAUCUAGGGUUGUUAAGAAAACCAAAGAAAGAAAUACCAAAGAAACAGUGGUCCAUCUAAGAAAAAGCACAAGAAACACCACAAGGAAUAUCGUAGUGAUUUCUGAAUCUGAAACUGAAGAAAGUGAAAAUGAUUAUCAUACCAAACAAAAGAAAGUUAGAUCUUCUGCUAAAGAAACUGUUCAGAAAUCUGGUAUUAGGAAUGAGUUUCCUGUUGUUGAGGGUAUGGGAUCUGAUAAGAUGAACAGACAUCCCUCAGAAUGUUUACCUGGUUUAACUCAGGAUGAGGAAUGGAAUGAGAAGGAGAUACAGAAACUUCAUCGUGCUUUUACAUCUUUCCCAAAGCACAAACCUGGUUUCUGGUCAGAUGUAGCUAUGGCUGUAGGUUCUCGAUCUGCUGAGGAAUGCCAGAAGAAAUAUAUGGAAGAUCCUCGAGGAAAAAGGUUUCGGAAACAUGUCACUAAGAAAAAGCCAGCCAAACCCAAAGUUCAAAAUGGCAGGAUAGGUAAUGCUGAUAAGAAGCAAACUAUCAAGAUAACUGCCAAAGUGGGAACUCUUAAAAGGAAGCAACAGAUGAGGAAUUUUCUGGAACAGUUGCCGAAAGAUGACCAUGAUGAUUUUUUCAGUACACCUUUACAGAAUCGGAGAGUACUGCUGCCAAGUUUUCAGAACCAUCAAGAAGAGGAUGAUAUUCUGCCCAGUAUAGACACGAAUCCAACAACUCCAUCAUCAGUUAUCUUUCCAUUGGCAAAAACUCCUCAGUGUCAGCAUGUCAGUCCUGGCAUGCUAGCCUCUAUAAAUAGGGAUGAUUGUGAUAAAUAUGUUUUUCAUAUGCAAAAAAAACAUAAAAACAAUGGUGGUAUUGUCUGGGGCAAUGUCAAGAAAAAAACAGUUGAAACUGAUUUUUCAACCCCAACAUCAAGAAGAAAAACCUCACUUAGCAAAGAUUUAGAAGAUAACUGUAGUAUUGGGAAACUUUUCACAAAUGCUAUGGAAUCUUUAGAUGAAGAGGAGAAAGAUUACUAUUUUUCCAACUCUGACUCUGCAUAGUAAAAAUGAGAACAUAUCAUUUCUCGGACUUUUAU